AUGGCGUCCUGCCUGUUCGAGUGUCUGUGUGAGGCGGAUCUGGAGAAAUACUACCCGCAUUUCAUGGCUGUGGGACUGCAAAGGAUUGAGGAGCUGGCGAGGAUAACGAUGAAGGAUUACUCCACGCUGGGGGUUCACAACAUGGAGGACCGCAAGCGCCUCUUCCAGCUUAUUAAAAUCAUCCAAAGUGUGUCCGAAGAAGACCGGACUCCUCUGCAGCCCGGCUGCGUGUACCUGCAGCCCGCAGCGAGCCGCUCCGCCACCCGACGGCAGCUGCAGUUUGAUUCUUCCCUGGAGAUGGAGAGAGGCGCGUUUUCACCGCCUCAAUUCUGCAGCUUGUCCCACGCCUGCUGUCCGAACCCGCCGGGACCAACGGACCCGCCGGCGGAACCUCAUCACGCCAGGAAAGUCCCUCCGACAGAAUUACAUGACGAUUCCCCCUAUGCCGCGAAGACUCCUAAAGCUGGCAAGGGCCCGGCCGCCGGCAUCGGUGACAGCGAGGUCCCCGUUGUUCACAGGGUCACCCAUGUGUCCGGGUACAACUACGGGGUUCCACAGACGUGUUUAAGGUCUGGCGCAUCUGAGAAAGAGAGUCCUUGGACGCAAACCGAGAAAAUCCGAGUGUGCGUCCGCAAGCGCCCUCUCGGGCUAAGGGAAGAGAGACGGGGAGAGGCGAAUGUGGUUACGGUGGAGAAUAAUGAAACCAUAUCGAUUUAUGAAAGAAAAGAAGCUGUUAACCUGAAAGAAUAUGUUCUCCAGCACGUGUUUUACUUCGAUGAGGUGUUCAGCGAGAAGCUCAGCAAUCAGGACGUGUAUCUGAAGACCGCGCAUCCCCUCAUCCAGCAUGUGCUAAAUGGAGGAAACGCUACGUGUUUUGCGUACGGCCAGACCGGGGCUGGGAAAACGUUCACCAUGAUCGGUACCCCGAAGAGCCCGGGGCUGUACGCUCUGGCUGCAGAAGACAUCUUCGAGCAUCUGGACAGCAGCCGCGCCAGGAGCGAACGCUGUGUUUGGAUCAGUUUCUAUGAGAUUUACUGCGGGCAGCUUUAUGAUCUGCUGAACGGGAGAAAAAGGCUGUUUGCAAGAGAAGAUGGCAAGCACGUGGUGCAGAUUGUGGGACUGCGUGAAGUACAAGUCAGAAACGUGGAUUUACUGCUGGAGAUUAUCCUGAAGGGUAGCAAGGAGCGAAGUACGGGGGCUACAGGCGUGAAUUCGGAUUCUUCGCGCUCUCACGCUGUCAUCCAGAUCCAGCUGAAAGACGCCGGAAAUCGGAAACUGGGGCGAAUCUCGUUCAUUGAUUUAGCCGGCAGCGAGAGAGCCUCUGAUUCCAGAGAGUCUGAUAAACAGACCAAGAUGGAAGGAGCUGAGAUUAACCAGAGUCUGCUUGCUCUGAAAGAAUGCAUCCGGGCGCUGGAUCAGGAGCAGGCUCACACACCUUUUCGGCAAAGCAAGCUCACUCAGGUAUUAAAGGACUCGUUUAUUGGGAACUCCAAAACAUGCAUGAUUGCUAAUGUAUCUCCGAGCCACGUGGCUACUGAGCACACACUCAACACCUUGCGCUACGCAGACAGGGUCAAAGAGUUGAGAAAGGGGAUAAAAUGUGCCACGUCUUGUGGCAGCCGCACCAGAGCCGCGUGCCCGUCCCCGAAACGCGUGCAGAAUUCAUCUUCAAUGCUUGGAGAAAAGAUCUCCCCGAAGAAAGUGAAGCUGGGAUCACAGACCACGUCAACCUCAAACAAAGUAAAGGCCAAGCAAUGUUCCUCUGUCUUCCAUCCCACCAAUGGCCCGCUCUCGUCCACCCCAAAGACCCACAACAAGGCCAACGGUUGGAAAGAAAACCCCGGCCAAGCUUGGCUGAAUCACGCUACUCCGGGUAAAGGAGCUGUCAGGCCGGGAAACGCUGGGAAAAAGAAAAGCGAAAACCAAGCGAACAAUAAAAAUUCUAUUGAGAGUAAAACAGAGAUAAGGAGUGAGUUAAAAGGGUCAGAGGUGACCGGUAAUCCUUCUUGGAGCCAGCAGAGAAUCCAGGCAGUACAUCCAGUGCAGAAGCCAGCCGUCCCGAGCACCGGGGUGUCCUUCAGAGGCCAGAACUCUCAAAUAACUUCCUAUGAGGAUGAAAGUGCGCUUUACAAAGACCCAGAAACAGAUUCGGGGUGUUGGGGUACCAAAUAUCCACAGCAAACCGACAGAGAGCAGCAUCUGAGAUCUUUCCACCAACAGUUUCAACAUCCGCCGAUUCACCAGCAGAACCUGCGCUAUCAACCCCUGGAAAAAGGAGCGCUCCUCGAAGACCUCGAUGACAGCGACUUCAGCGAAGACUCCUUUUCAUACAGCGCCACUCGUAAGAAAGGCAGGAAAGAGGAGACCGUACGCGAGAGGCUGUCGUUUUUCCUACACCAAAGGUCUCCAGGAGCGGAGGCGACAGAACCAAAAGACGAACCGGGAGACUCAACCUUUAAUUUGUCCCAAGAGUUCACCCGGGUCUGCGGCUGGACCUGUGGAAACAGCUCUGCAAGUUUAAAACAUCAGGCCGAACGCGUUGACAACGAGCAGCCGUACUUUUGGAGCUCUGGAGAAGAUUCCUUCAGCGUCCGUAAUUCAUCAACGAUCAGUAAUAUCCCCGAAAAGCCUUAUUUCUCUCAGGAGGACCUAACAGGUCGGUUAAAGAAACCAACCAAUCAGCCAUGGGCACACAACCUCAUACAAAGCAUCGGUGUUCUUCCUAGCGAUCUGUCCUCCUUACCUCAGGAAAGCGAUCAAUCUGUUUCUAUUAAGGCUACAGAAGAAACGGGGGAAAAUGUAGAAGACGCAUCUGAAAGAAACGACGGGCGUUAUGACCAUCAAAGCGCGUUACACGAGUCCAGCUCGGGGCCGAUGCCCCCGCUGACAGCGUCUCUUCUGCAGGAUAACUGGUCGGUGGAACUCAUGCGGGGUUUCGGGACUAUGGGGUCUUCUGAGAGAUCUGGGGAUGUUUCUAAGAAUUUGGGUUCCGACAAAGCAUGGACUGGAGGGGCUGAUCUGGAUCCUGCCAACAGCAGCGCCGAUGACAAAUCUGUUGGAAGGAACAUAUUUGAUUUUGUCCAGCAGGUGCUUCAGCGAGAUGGAUCGGUAGAUCUGGACAAGGCCCGCCAGGUGUGCGGUGGCUCGGAUAGUCGCAGUGGUGGCUCUUCACGGUUAAGUCUAGGACAGGAAUUCCGAGACAAAAUAUCGACUCUGGAGGCAAAUCUCAGUCUCUCGCCAGUAUCUAGAUCGAGUGACACCCUCAGCCGAGGCUCUUCUCUGGACUGUGCUAGACGCGGCGAACCCCCGGGCGUUCUGCACUAUGACGCCGAUACCGAGGAGAGCCAAGUCAAAAUGAAGGCUGCUGAAAAUACCCCGGAACGCAACGAGAAAUGCAAAAGCAGAUGUCGGGAGGAUUCUGGAGACAGGAAACGGGCGUCUGAUGUUUCUCCAGAAAAUACCCAUAGAUCCGUCACAAACUCGAAUCCCGAAUCCAGCAGCCCUGCCGGGCCAGGGGGUCUUCCUCCGUCCGGUCGCCACUCCGGAGAUUUAGAGAGGAAAUCUUCAAAAGUCCCCUUUGACCUGGACUUUAGAGAAAGUGACCUGGAGGACCUCAAAUCCACAUUCAUGAAAUGUACGCGGCGAGGGACGCGAGAAGAACGGAACCCAUACUGUGCGGCCAUCACCGGGAGCCCUAGAAACGCGGCAGCCGAGAAUAGCCAUGCGCAGCCUGCAGAUGCGCCAAACCCACCUGCGAGACCCCUGGAUAAAGCCCAGGAACUCGUGGUCCGAGCGCAUCGGGAACAGCUGGAUGACGUGGCGGCCUUGUGUUCCAGAGAGGAGCUGCUCUUGAGCCAAGUCACAAAUUCAGAUUUUAAGGAAUAUGUCGCCAAACUCAACGAGCUCCUGGUGCUGAAAUGGAAGUGUAUCCAUGGCAUGCGUGCGCAACUGCAGCUCUUCAUGGCCUGUCCCCGGAGCGGAGCUAGCACCGACCGGGCGGGAUCGCCCCAACAGCCGCUGUAGGCGAUAUUCUAAAUAACAGCCUCGGGAAUCAAGGUUGGUCUCAUGAAUUCGCGACGGCAGAACAAACGACUAAAUCGAAACAAAGCGCACUUUUACAUCGUUAAGGACAUCUUGGUGAAACGGUGAGAGGUCAUCUAACGCGCCUUACCCUGAUGUUACGCAAGGAAGAC